AUGGCAGAUAUGCCUUACCGGUUAGACACGCACGUCUUAACAGUAGACGCCAACGUUAUCCACAAGGUGGACACUGCCAAUCCCGCCAAUCUCUAUAGCAUGUGGACAGUCUUUUCCCGUUGCGCAGAUUCUGUAGAACAGGGUAGGAGAUUAGAAAACUUGAGCUGGCGCCUCUGGCAAAGAGAACAGCUCGUCGAGAACGCGAAUAAGAACACCGCCUCCGCCGCCUUUACAACUACCACCACCCCUCCCAAGAACGUCCCGUCCGAGACGAGGUUACAAGAGGUUCCUCAGCUCUCUGGCAGCGUCGAGUCCUUGGCCGACGACGAGACGGUUGAUUUCACCUCGGUCUCGGCACCUCUUGAGAUCCGACCUAGGAUACGAAGACUAGAUUCCUCCACCACCAGACGGGAUCGACGCAUCAGCUCUGACGACUUUGAGAAGAUGAUUGUGUCUAUUGUUAAGGACAAGGCUCCCCUGUCCGCCCCUUCACAAACAUCACCCUUGAUGGCGUCCACGAAGCAGAAGCUUCUGGUUCCUCCUGCUCCUCCCGCUCUCACCCGAUCCGGAUCUACCACGACCGAGUCACAAUCGUCGGAGCAAAUUUCUGAAGUCUCACAUCCUUCCCCGUUCCCACCUCCCGAGGGCCUCAGAGUCCAAGCCCUCGCUUUCCCAGAACCUGCUGCUGCUGCUUCCUCGCAAGACGUCUUACCCGAACCCAGCUCUUCACCAGCACCCAAGCCUGUGCAGCCUAAGAAGCAGCCUGCUCGCUUCGCCCUUGGUGGAUCUUGCUCAUCAAGCGAGCACAGCCAGAGUAUCGAGAACAUCAAGGCCACUUCCGCUGCCGUCGGCAAGAAGCCCAUGUUCCAAAUUGGCGGGUCAUCGGGAGAAGAUUCCCUCAGGAGCUCUGGCCACUCUGCCCUUCCCAACACUCGCAUCAGCAACCUGACGGCCCAGGCCCUGCAACACAGCGAGUCCGCCGUUGACUCUGAUACCGAGGCCGAAUAUGUUGACGAGAGUGCCAUUGACGACGACGACUCUUCUGACUGGGAAGACUCCACGGAAGACAGCGGCAAAUCUAGUGUUGACGUCCAGCUCUUCCAGCGCGUCGAGUUCAAGGCCAAGCCCGCCUCCCGCCCAUCGCUAAUCACGCUCAUGCUUGCUCAGAACGAGCGCGCCAGGACACUCGGCAAUCAAUCUUCGCAGUCCACUCCCGCUAUCCACCGAACCCGAGCGACGCCCAAUGGACCGAGUCUGGGCGUGUCUCCCAAUGACUCGGAUGAAGCGCCACUGAUGAUGAAGGGUAUGCGACACUCUGCACUCAAGCCUAUUAGCGAAAUUCCCCGGUCCAGCGCCCAGCCCAUCACGACCCAUGCUACUCAUGUCAACUUCCCUGCGGCCUUUUCUCCCCGGACCACCCGCCGCAACAUGCUGGCUACCGAACUUACCGAGUCACUCCGACUCAACCUUGUUUGGGAGCGACAGCAGAAGAAAUUGGGCAGCAAGGCAUUGCUCAAGCGCCGUCACACAUCACAGGACGUUGCCAACCUGAAACAGUAUCCCCAGAAAGCAUGUAUGAAGGCCAGCGAAGAUGCCGAAGCCCACAGCUGGAACCAAUACUUCUCUAAGGAAGCUCUCAACGGAUACCAUUCAAAGGGCUGGUAA